AUGCCGGCGCAAUGCCCGAGGAGGCCCCGCUGCUCCUUCCGCGGGUUGCCCUUCUUCCUCUUUGGCGCAGCUGCCCUGCUGGGGCUGCUGCCGGUGCUUCAGAGCUCCGGCUCCGAUACCCCCAUGGAGAUCACUCGGCAGCCCAGCUUGGUGACCGAGGGCAUCACCUCCUCUCCGCCGGUGCCCGCCGAGAGCCCCUCCGACUCCGGGCGCCCCAAGAACGUUUCCACCGACGGGCACGGCAAACAUCGGAAAGUUUUCCCGGUCCUGGACUUUCAAUACAAGUAUGUGCACCUGCCCUUCGAGAUUACGCUCUGGAUCCUGCUCGCCUGCCUGAUGAAGCUAGGAUUCCACGUGAUUCCAACCCUUUCCAGCAUCGUUCCUGAGAGCUGCUUACUCAUUGUUGUAGGACUGCUGGUUGGUGCACUCAUUAAAGCCGUGGGGGAAAUCCCCCCAGUCCUAAAUUCCAAGAUCUUCUUCCUCUUCCUUCUCCCACCCAUUAUCCUGGACGCUGGCUACUUCUUGCCCUUGCGCCAAUUCACUGAGAAUGUGGGCACCAUCCUGAUUUUUGCUGUGAUUGGGACAUUAUGGAAUGCUUUCUUCGUGGGGGGUCUGAUGUAUGCCGUGUGCCAGAUAGGUGGUCCUUCCUUAUCAAACAUUGGUCUCUUAGACAACCUGCUCUUUGGCAGCAUCAUCUCUGCGGUGGACCCUGUGGCCGUGCUGGCUGUAUUUGAGGAGAUUCACAUCAAUGAACUUUUGCACAUCUUGGUGUUUGGCGAGUCGUUGUUGAAUGAUGCAGUUACUGUGGUUCUCUACCACCUUUUUGAAGAGUUUGCUAACUUUGAUAAAGUCACCCUUACGGACAUCAUCCUGGGCUUCCUGAGCUUCUUUGUGGUGUCCCUGGGGGGCGUUUUUGUCGGGGUUGUCUACGGCAUCAUCGGAGCCUUCACCUCCCGUUUCACCUCCCACAUCCGGGUCAUUGAACCUCUUUUCGUCUUUCUGUACAGUUACAUGGCAUAUCUGUCUGCAGAAGUCUUCCACCUUUCAGGCAUCAUGGCGCUGAUUGCUGCAGGGGUAGUGAUGCGCCCGUAUGUGGAGGCCAAUAUCUCCCACAAGUCCCACACCACCAUCAAAUACUUCCUGAAGAUGUGGAGCAGCGUCAGUGAGACCCUUAUCUUCAUCUUUCUUGGUGUCUCCACCGUGGCUGGAAACCACCACUGGAAUUGGGCCUUCGUCGUUUGCACCCUGAUUUUCUGCUUGAUUGCCAGGGUUUUAGGUGUGCUGGGGUUGACGUGGUUCAUCAACAAAUUUCGCAUUGUGAAGUUGAGUCCAAAGGAUCAGUUCAUCAUUGCCUACGGUGGCCUGCGAGGGGCCAUUGCCUUCUCUCUCGGCUACCUCCUGGAACAUCAGCAUUUCCCAAUGCGAGACAUGUUUCUCACAGCAAUCAUCACAGUGAUCUUCUUCACAGUCUUUGUGCAGGGCAUGACCAUCCGUCCGCUGGUGGAUCUUCUGGCAGUGAAAAAAAAGCAGGAGACCAAGAGAUCCAUUAACGAGGAAAUUCACACUCAGUUCCUGGAUCAUCUUUUGACGGGGAUUGAGGAUAUAUGUGGCCACUAUGGACAUCACCACUGGAAGGACAAGCUAAACCGUUUCAACAAGAAAUAUGUGAAGAAGUGCCUGAUUGCUGGGGAAAGAUCCAAGGAGCCCCAGUUGAUCGCCUUCUAUCACAAGAUGGAGAUGAAGCAAGCAAUUGAGCUGGUGGAAAGUGGGGGGAUGGGCAAGAUCCCUUCUGCUGUCUCCACCGUUUCGAUGCAGAAUAUCAAUCCGAAAACGUUGCCAGUAGAACGCAUUUUGCCAGCUCUGUCAAAGGACAAAGAGGAGGAGAUUCGAAAAAUCUUGCGCAACAACUUGCAAAAAACCAGGCAGAGGUUGCGGUCAUAUAAUCGACACACCUUGGUAGCAGAUCCUUAUGAAGAAGCCUGGAACCAGAUGUUGCUGAGAAGACAGAAGGCUCGGCAGCUGGAACAGAAGAUGAACAACUACCUGACAGUGCCAACACAUAAAAUAGAUUCACCAACCAUGUCAAGGGCACGCAUUGGUUCAGACCCUCUUGCUUAUGACCCAAAGCUGGAUUCCGAGAACGUCCCCAUCAUAACUAUUGACCCAGCGUCCCCCCAGUCGCCGGAGUCUGUUGACUUGGUGAAUGAGGCGCUGAAAGGGCUGAACCACCUUCCACCCUCCCCGGAGGAAGAUGAAGAUGAGGAGGGAUUGGUGAUGAAGGUCAAAGAGCCAUCUUCUCCAGGCACAGAUGACGUCUUUACUCCUGGGACAGGCGAUAGUCCCAGCAACCAGCGGAUUAUGAGAUGUCUGAGUGAUCCAGGGCCUCGGCCAGAUCCUGAAGAGGGGGAACCUUUUAUCCCCAAAGGGCAGUGAGCCUUGAUAUGCACUACUAGAUCUAACCUGUAGAGGAGGCUCUUGCACUCAUGUGCAAAUACACACACCCAGUUAUGCCAAUCUCUAUUUCUUUGUGUCUUUCUCUUCUCUGUC